AGAGAUAUUCGCGACAACAUGGCUUUCAAAGGCACACUUGUGUUUUUCGCCGCGCUAUUUCUAGCAAUAACCGCUGCACCGGCACCUUCAGAUGUAGAACAGCUGGAUACUGCAGGUCCUGAGAAAGGCGACCUGCAAGUCGCUGCUUCACAUUGGGGCGGACAUUGGGGUGGCUACGGCGGCCACUGGGGCGGCUGGGGAGGAUACUACCCAUACUACGGCGGAUACUGGUCGUAUCCGCUCUACGGCCAUGGAUAUGGAUACGGCUGGCCGUAUGGAUAUUACGGACAUCAUGGAUACUGGUGGAAGUGAGAAAUGAGUUAGUAGUAGUAAGAGAAUAUGCCAGUAUUACUUUUAAGAAUUAACAAAAGGAAAUUUAUGAUGUUGGUACUAAGAAUAUAUAUUAUUACGAUCAAAAAUAUACAAAAUAUUUAAUUUAUGUCAUUUUAAUAGUAAUUAUUCAAG